GUAUAAAAUUUGGGAUACACAAUUUUAUUAGUUUAAUUGAUUUGUUUAACCAGCUUCCAGGUAAAACAAGAACAAGGUUAUCCCACUUAGAAUAGCAGCCAGUGUCUUAUCAAUCGUGAUAUGCAAGUAAGUAAUCAAUAGAAUUAAUAUGGUUAAUUGGUGUACUCUUCAAUUAUAGAUCGGAGUUACUUAUGCAGCAGAGGUUACAACUUAGGGUAAUAAUUUGUUUUGCCACAGUGUUGCCAUAGUGAUCCUUGUUAUGAGAGCAGCAAUUUUCUCUAGAAUUUAACAAAGUUCGGCCUGCGUUGAUCCGAGUCCGACUUCUAUCUCUUCGUAGGAAGACGGAAUGAACGAAGAAAAUCUUGAGUGGGGUUGGAAGCCCAUACUAAUAGCUAUGCGCUUCAUCGGUUUUGAUUUGAGAGAUCCUUUAGUUUCUCCUAACAACAUUUGGUUUAAUUUUUAUUCUUUUCUAUGUCUUGUGUACACUGCAUUUUGGCACGUAUUCGAUUGUGUCGACACCACAAAGUUUUUCAUGAGGGUGGUGGACUCGGAUCCUCCUUCGAACAUAUCAUUAGUCGUUAUCACGAACGUUAUGGUUGACACCUACAACAAUGCGUUUCAUUCCGUUGGAAUCCAACUAACUGUUUAUUUCAUGGCUCGCUCUAAUUGGAAGGAAAUGUGGCAGGCUGUUCAGCGCGUCGGAAGAAGAUUCGAUUUUAAAUUCUAUGAAAAUUUAAGGAUAGUUUCAUCAUCAGCUGUAGUUGCCGUCGUAGUGAUAGUAAUAGAAUUAGAAUGUUUUGAAAAGUGCAAUAAUCAAUUUUUCACACUUUUAUCAACAGGAACUAUACCUUUUGGCAUCAGGAAUAGUUUACACUGCUUUAAGCCCUCAUCUUACCUUUGUCCUACAUGGAAAACUCUUUGCAUUAAUUUUGGCGGAAAUCUACAGAAUUUGUGGAUCAAGUUUGUUUAUUGUUUGCGCCCUUAGUGCUUCAGAUGUGUUUAGUCAACUGAAAAAUGAAAUUGAUGAAGCAAGUCGGCAUUUGAAUCCUCCUGAUGCUUCAUCUAUUCUUAAAUGGAAACAUACUCACGCAUUGGCUUGCGUGUACGUUGACUCGAUUAACCGUUGCUUCGGACCAAUUCUUCUGAUCGACAUUUGUUGCAUCUUCCUGCGGAUGAUUAAUUCAGUUUUCCAAAUCUCUGUAGGAUUAAACGUACACAAAUCCAGGUCAAGCAUUUAUCAUACCUUGUACUCAUUAGAGCUUUUUUUCCAAUUUUGGAUCGUUUGUGUCGUCGCCAGCAGACUUCAAAUAAAGGCAACGAAUAUUAUACAAACAAUCCGCAAGCUACCAACCGCAACUCUUGACACACAACGACUGGCAGGAACUCUUCUGAUUCAGGUGCAUCAUUCUGCGCCUUCCAUAUCCGCAUAUGGACUUGUAAAAAUUAACAACAAACUUGUACUAAAGCUGAUUGGUACAACUUUUAGUUACUUCAUUAUAAUCAAUCAAUUUUAUUUACUGGAGGAUCCAUUACAACAAUAGAUAAUAUGUGUUUUUAAGUUUUAACUUCUUAGCAUCACUGUAAUAAUUAUGAAUUACCUCACUGAUGUGAAUUAAAGCUGUUAGC